AUGAAACUCCCCAAAUUUUUAGCGUCUCGGAUCAUCCCUCCCGCAGACUCUGCUGGCCCACUUCUUCCAGCAUCUCAUAAUCAUAACCAUAAUCACAACCAUAAUCAUAACUAUAAUGACCACCAUAACCAUAAUCAUAACCACCAUCACAGCCAUGAUGAUCAUGAUCUAAUAUCCCAUAAUGACCAAACAUCUCUCGGGUCUUCAAACCUAAUACCAUCUACAGGUCUUCUGCUGCUGCAAGAUUCAUCCCUUAGAUCAACUCCUGCUUCUUCUGCUGAGUUUUAUCGUGGCUCUGAGUCUCUCCAUCAUAACUCUCAUCAUCACUCAUCAUUAUCAUCUCAGGCUAUAAACAAUAACAAUAACAACAACAACAACACAUCCCUUUCUUCACCACUCCACCCAAAUAAUUCUAAUGGUCAAGUACUUGCACCACCAGCAAUGUCAGCAAACUUAUCAAACACAACAUCAACAACUUUAGCAAACUCUACAGAUGAAGAUUAUUACCCAGAUUAUGAGGACUAUGAUGACAAUAUCUCUACUUCCUCGGCAUCCUCAGGAACAGUGGCCUCCUCACCUCCAAUCAAUAAAAAGGUCUCUAAGAAAUCUCCUGCCUCAGCCUCUGUACGCUCAAACAAAAAUGCAAAACAUGUCCCUGGUGCUGGUGAUGGUAUUCCCUCAAACAAAACCUUGAUGAAUCAACAAUCUCCCUAUGACUCCCCCUUUCUAUCUGAAAAGGCUGCUGCUGCCUUUGCAACUUAUUCUCUUCCUCCUGUGAAUGACCACCAUCUUUCAAACACUUUUGCUACUUCAAUCCCCUCUAAUGCAACAUCUUCUUCUUCAUUAUUAUCAUCUUCAUCACCAUCAUCAACUAUACCAAGAGCCAUCGCUGCCUUUAUCGGAACUUCCAUAAUCAAAGCUCGUACCUUGGCACAAAAUACAUUAACCCUCGCAACUUCACCUGCCCUCGUCCGUUCACGUCUUCAUGCUGCUGCUCGCUCAACCGCCCGCACCGCUUCUUACCUGGCACGCGCACGCUUUAUGAUUAAAACAAACAUCACAGUCCCUCUCUGGCUUGUGGCUCUUGCUGUUCUACUGCUCUCCUUUUUCUCUCUCCUUGGCCUCCUCACCGCCAUCUUUGGCAGCGCCGCCGCCGUUCUCCCAGCUGCCGUUAGCGUCGGCGGGCUCCGACCCCCAGCCAUUCGUGAAAUCAAUGGGAAAAUCGACGCCCCCUUUGUUCUUGGAUGCAUGGAACCCGAAGUUAAUGAGCCCCGUGCAAAUGCGGUACUGGUUGUUCUUGCCCGUAACAAGGAGUACCCAGGUGUCAUAGACUCGAUGCGUUCACUUGAGCGUCACUUUAAUCGCUGGUUCCACUACCCAUAUGUAUUUUUGAACGAUGAACCCUUUAACUCAACUUUUAUGGAAGCUGUCAAAAACGUGACCGACUCGGAAGUAAAGUUUGGUGUGAUUGAUAAGGACGUUUGGAACUUCCCUGGAUGGGCACCUGAAGAAGACGUCAAGGAGGCUAUCCAACAGCAAGGUGAUCGCGCAAUCAUGUACGGCGGUAUGGCGUCGUACCACCGCAUGUGUCGGUUCUACUCGGGGGCCUUUUUCAACCACCCACUCUUGGCAGACUAUGAAUGGUACUGGCGUGUUGAGCCUGAUGUCAAGUAUUUUUGCGAUAUUACCUACGACCCGUUCAAGUAUAUGGAAAAGCAUAAGAAGGUUUAUGGGUUUACGAUUGUUAUUAAGGAACUAGUUGAAACUGUGCCAAACUUGUUUCGUCAUACAUAUGGGUUUAAGAAACAACACAAUGUCACUUCCAAGGGCAUGUGGGAAUUAUUUUUGAAAAAACAUGGUCCAGAUACGAUUGACGAAGCACUUGGGAACUCUGGAACUGUACAGAAAAAUAAAGAACGUGAAAGAUUGGAGCAACUUAAAAAGGAUAAAAAACGACUCCAAGAUUUGCAAGAUUCACUCCCAGAUGAAGCACUCUUGGGUGACCCUGCUGCACAUAAUGUGCUGCGAGCCGGCCAAGAACUGUUGCAUGAAGAUGACAAUACACAGCGGCUGGAUGUGGGCAACUAUGACUAUUUUGCGCAUACUGUACCGCCGUAUAGCAUCAAUGGAGAGACAUACAACAUGUGUCAUUUUUGGUCAAACUUUGAGAUUGCACGUCUUGAUUUUUUCCGGUCCAAGGAAUAUCAAGCGUACUUUGAAACACUGGAUAAGUCUGGUGGGUUUUGGACAGAGCGAUGGGGCGAUGCUCCUGUACAUUCACUUGCUGCUGGGUUAUUUUUAAGUCCUAGUCAAGUACACUACUUCCGUGACAUUGGAUACCGCCACACUACUAUUCAACAUUGUCCGGCCAAUGCUCCGGAAAGACAACUUCCUCAUAAGCCUUAUAUUCGUGACCCUACAGACAGAAGGGAAAUAGAAGACGAUGAUUAUUGGGCUAAUGCGGAUCCGGAGGUUACUAAUGGUGUUGGCUGCAGAUGUAGAUGUGAUACAGAUGUGGUUGAAGUUGAAGGGAAAGAUGGCUCGUGCUUGGGUGAGUGGGUCGACCUUAUGGGUGGAUGGGUUUAG